AGCAGUAUGCAAGCAGCGUACGAGAAGCGUUCAGAAGAGAUUCAGAGCAUUCGAGUUGCUAAGCUAGAGCAAACAGCGAGCAAGCAGUAUGCAAGCAGCAUGCGAGAAGCCAGCAUACGAGAAGCGUUCAGAAGAGAUUCAGAGCAUUCGAGUUGUUAA